CCAGAAUCGCCAGUUUGGAUCCAACGGUGCAUGUUUGCCACGACGAAAGAUCCAACGGUGACAGCACUUUUAUUAUUUGAUCCACCAGAUUAGAUCCAACGGUGAAAAAGUCUGGAUCGACGGUGGACACUGUCUACUUUACGUGGCGGAAUGUCCACCAGUUCAAAUCCUCUCGCUAGGGAGCUAGCGGAGCUUCCCCCAUGAGAAGAUGAUAAUGCUACUUCUAUGGCGCCUCCUUGCGAUCGUCGCGACGACGGGAUUCUCGCAGGCCGUGAAGUAUGAUCUCGCGCCAGGGCAGCGCAUCAACAAUCUAGCGAAUCUCACCGAGGUUUCGAUCGCGAGCGGGCCAGGGAAGUAUCGGAUUCUCGGCAAUGGCAGCGUGGAUUUCGCGAGCGACAACGGGACGUUCGCGCUCGCGUUCUUCGAUCCCAAUGCCACCGGCGAUUUCUUCCUGUGCGUGAUGAUGCAGGGCCCAGCCAGCGGCAAGGCGCGCGCGGCGGUGCCGGUGUGGAUCGCGAACAGGACCGGCUCCACCGGCGAUGGAUCGAGCCUUUUGCUCACGGGGACGCACAAGAAGUUCAUCCUUCUCAACUCUCAAGGAUCGCUCACUUGGAAGCUGGAUGUGAACGGCAUCGCAGGGAUCGAGCUGGAGGAAUCGGGAAAUCUCGCCUUCUUCGACGAGAGCGGCGCUAGGAUAUGGCAGAGCUUCGAUUCCCCCGGCGACACGAUGCUGCCCGGGCAAGCGCUCAAAUCCGGGAUGAGCCUCACGAGCUCGGCCAGGAAUGGCAGCGCGGCGACGCAGUUCUCGCAGGGAUUCUUCGCGGCGGCGGUCUCACAAGAAACCCUCACGCUCUCGCUGCGAUCCCAGCCAUACAAUCUCUGGAGGCUGGAAGGAUCAUCAUCGUCAUGCCCGGCGGCUCUUGGCUUCUCCGGGAACAAUCUCAUUCUCGGCCACGAUUCUUGCGGCGCCGGGAAAUCUCUCGAGAUCUUGGCUUCCAGGAGAAGCGAUCCUCUCGUUCUUCCGUUUCUUAGGCUGGAUCCAAACGGCGACCUUGUCGUCUAUGGCCUGGAUCGAUCCUCCUCGGACUGGCUACCCGACUCACGAUUCUCGGGCGAUGAUCCGUGCAAGCUGCCGCUGGCUUGCGGCCCCUAUGGGAUCUGCGAGGCCGGAGGGAAAUGCCGAUGCGUGGAGAUCCACAGCAAGGGGAACGAGAGCUUUGGCGGGAAUGCUAGCGGCGGCGGCGCUUGCUCGGCCCCAAGCACAGGAAUCCCCCAGCCGAUGGUCUGCGAGAACGAGAUCUACAAUCACCACUUCCUCAACGCUACCGGGAUCCGCUACUUCUCCACCGGAUUCGUGGCGCCCAGCAAGCGAUCCUCGCUCCAGGAGUGCUCCACCGAUUGCCUCUCCAAUUGCCAGUGCAUGGCGCUCUUCUACAACGAUCGAUCCCGCGAGUGCUUCUUCGUGGGCGAUGCGGUGAUCGGGAGCAUGGCGGAGGAUCCGGCAGUGGACGCUUUCAUCAAGUUCCAGAACGCCAAGCUCCUGAUGGGUCCGAUCUCCAUGGCCGCGCCGGAGGGCGGUGGAUCCAAGAACAGGGUCGUCCAGCUCGUGGCGGGCAUCGCCGCCGCCGCGAUCGUCCUGGCAGCGGUGCUGGCGGUCCUGGUGUGGAGGAAUCGCCGCAAGAACAAGGCCGACAGCGAUCUCAACGCGGUGCUCUCGAGCGUCCGCGGGCUGCCCCAGCGAUUCUCCUACUCGGUGCUCGCGUCCGCGACCAAGGGAUUCUCCCGGAAGCUUGGAGCUGGGGGAUUUGGAUCGGUGUACGAGGGAUUCCUGGGCGAUGGGCGGCACGUCGCGGUGAAGAAGCUCGAGGGCACUGGCACGCAGGGCGCGCGACAAUUCAUCGCCGAGGUCGCGACGAUCGGGAGCAUCAAUCACAUGAACGUCGUCCGGCUGUGCGGAUUUUGCCUCGAGGAUUCGCAGCGCAUGCUCGUCUACGAAUUCAUGCCCAAUGGAUCGCUGGAUCGGUGGCUGUUUGGCGGCGGCGGUAGCAGCGGCGGUAGUGGCGGUGGCGGCGGCGGUGGCGGCGCGGAGGGAAUUGGGGAUGGGAAUCGAUCCCCGGAGCUCCGAACGCUCAGCUGGGAUCGCCGGAUCGAGAUCGCUCUGGGCACGGCACGUGGCCUGGCCUAUCUCCACGAGGAGUGUAGCGAGCCUAUUAUCCACCUGGACGUGAAGCCCCAGAAUAUCCUACUCGACGAUCGCUUCGUGGCAAAGGUGGCGGAUUUCGGAAUGUCCAAGCAAUUGGACGACCACGAUGUGAGCCAGGUCAUCACGUGUGUGCGAGGAACGCCUGGAUAUUUGGCCCCGGAAUGGCUGCUCCAUUCCAUCGCCACCAAGAAAUGCGACGUCUACAGCUUCGGCAUGGUUCUUCUCGAGAUCAUUGGCGGGCGGAAGAACUUGGAGGUGUCGAGGAUGAACAUCGAUCUGGCGUGGUACUUCCCGGCGUGGGUGGUGAACGAGGUCCGGCUGGGGAAUUUGAUGGGCGUGGUGGAUCCCAAAGUCCGGAGCUCCGCGAGCGAGAAGGUGGCGACGCGGCUCGUCCACAUCGCGCUGUGGUGCAUCCAGGAGAACGCCGGAUCCCGGCCGGCGAUGGACGAGGUCGUGCGGAUGAUCGAGGGGAAGCGCGAGGUGGAGGAGCCGCCGAUGACGUUCCACUUCUCGGUGCAGACGGAGGCGAUCGUGGACAUCACCGCGUCGCGGGAGAGCGUCUCGAUGGCGUACGUGACUCCCCCGAGCUUCAGCUAUUCCAGCUUGAUCAGAUAGAAGAUCUCGAUCUAGGGAGGGAGUAGAGAAGUGUUGAGAGAUGGAUGGUCACUGCCGGAAGCUUCCGCUCCUCCAGUUGAUCCUCUUGAGACAAAAGCAGCGAAAACUGUUUUCUGGGAAACCCGUGUCAGCUGAGAAUGAAGUUCGUUAUGGUCGUUGGUUGGAUCGAUCCAACUUCACGGUUUGCUUAUGAACGAUCGACUCUGGCAAGCGGCCGAGAGAAUUGUGCGAGCCAAGCAUGAUCCACGACCGGGUUGUCAGCUGACACGAUUUCAAGGCUGGUGGGUCUCUCGCGCUUGGCUUGCAUCAAAUGCGAAAACUUUCCCUGGCGAGAGAGUUUUCAGCUGACAAGAGUUUGUACUCUUCGCCAGCGCCAACAGAAAUUCUCACCGCCAGCAUCAGCGCACUAAAUCCUCCAUGCUGAUCAUCCGUGUUUUCGCAGCUAAAAUUCUCCCGUCUCGUCAACUUCCAGAGAGUUUCUUGCUGCCAUAUCUCGAUCUGGUCAAGCUAAAGCGGAGGCUUGAUUUUGAUGGAUCACUGGCACAUUGCUCGUGAUUCCACGGGACGCUUGAAUGCUACGAUAGCUUUCGUGAUUCAUCAAAAAAAGAUGAUUCAGAUGUGGAGUGGAGCCAGUGGCAUCUGCAGUGGGUUGACGGACUUCUUUAAUUUUCAGAUUUUUGUUUUCUCUGUGACUUUGUAAAGGCGAAAUUUAAGUUUGUGACA